UAUGUUCUUGGGGUUGGGUAUUGGCGCCGUGGUCUUAUUAUGUGGGUUGGGUGCUUUGUUGUGGUUUAUGAGACGACGUUUCGGCAAGAAAGGUGAUAGAGGGAAGAAAGAAGUAGAUAUGAGUAUUGAUUCAUUGAUUAGUGUUGCAUUUGAGAAAGGGAGUGGGCCUAGGAGAUUUCCUUACAGUGUACUCGAGAGUGCUACCAAGAAUUUUAUGGAGGAGGGGAAGCUUGGGGGAGGAGGAUUUGGGGAGGUAUACAAAGGGGUACUUCAUGAUUCAAAGCUUGAGGUGGCCAUUAAAAGGAUCUCCAGAGGUUCCAAACAAGGGAGGAAAGAGUACAUAUCAGAGGUAACGAUCAUAAGCCGGCUGAGGCACCGUAAUCUUGUGCAACUCAUAGGCUAUUGUCAUGAAAAAGGUGACUUGCUGCUUGUGUACGAGUACAUGCCGAACAAAAGCCUUGAUUACCAUUUAUAUAAUGAUAGAAGUUUGCUCGCAUGGCCGGAGAGGUACAAGAUAGCUUUGGGUUUAGCAUCAGCUUUGCUAUAUCUUCAUGAAGAGUGGGAGCAGUGCGUCAUCCACAGAGAUGUAAAGCCAAGCAAUGUGAUGCUAGAUUCGGGGUUCAAUGCUAAACUUGGAGAUUUUGGAUUGGCAAGGCUCAUGGACCAUGACUCCAAUCGAGAAACAACAGUUCUGGCAGGGACCAGGGGAUAUAUUGCACCCGAGUACGCCAUCACAGGAAAAGCUAGCAAAGAGACUGAUAUCUACAGCUUUGGAGUAGUUAUAUUAGAAAUCGCAUGUGGUAGAAAGCCAACUGAAGUGGAGGGGAAGGAUGAUAAAAUGAAUUUGGUGGAGUGGGUUUGGGAACUUUAUGGGAAUGGAAAAUGUUUGGCUGCAGCAGACCAAAGGUUAGGGAUGGAAUUUGAUGAACAACAAAUGGUGUACUUGAUGGUUGUGGGACUAUGGUGUGCUCACCCUGAUAGAGAUCAAAGGCCAUCCAUGAGGCAAGCAAUCAAUGUACUUAAAUUCGAUACUCCAUUGCCACCUUUGCCGCCUAAUAUGCCCGUUGCAAUGUUUCAUUCUCCUCCAAGAAACGUGCCUGCUCCUUCAUCAAAUUCUGAUAGCUGCCCCGUAAUUUCAAACACAGCUAUGUACGGGCGUUGAAGGAUGGUGAGUCAUGUUAGAAAACUUUAACAAGGGUACCAUGCUACCUAUUAUACUAGUGAUUUGUAAUUCAACUAUAUAAUUAGGUACUUUUUCGUUUUUGAUAAGUGUUCCAUCAUAUGAUCGGGUUAUGUAUGUCUUUGCCAUCAACGCUUAAAAUACAUUAAUACAUUUCAAGUCUCUUGUGCAGAUGCAAUGAUAAUUUUA